AGGGUGGUGGGCUGGGAGCAGGAUGUCCCCUGCCUGCCCAGGCACCCCAAGCCUCAUGCUGUCCUUGCAGUGCCUCCUCUCCGGGUCAUGGCAGAGCGACACCAGCUGCCGGAUGGUCGUGUCCACCCUCGGCAAGGACGGCAGAUUCUCUGGUUCCUACCUGCCGGGAUCUGCCACUGGUGACUCUGAAAUCCUCACCUUGCCACUGGAGGGGUCCCAGCAAGAUGCGGGGCUAGUCCCCCAGCCCAUCUUCUCCUUCACCGUGCACUGGCGGCUCGAAGAGUCAGAGACAGCCCAGACAACCGUCUUUCUGGGCCAGUGCUACGUGGGCAGCAAUGGGGAGGAGAUCCUGCAUGCCCUGUGGCUCCGGCGAGAGGCAACCAACAGUCCUGUUGAGAACUGGAAAGCCACCUGGUGAGUGCUGGG